UGACGGCAAACCUCUUUACGUCAGAGAAGGCCUCCUGAUUUAAUCGCCGUCUGUUUGUUUUUUAAAAACGCUCAGCCAAAGAAGAAACCUUUUGUUAUCGGCUCAAAACGAUGGGAAUUGAAGAAGAAACAGACCGCACGCUCUUCAUCAGGAACUUGGACGCCAGAGUGACGGAGGAGCUGCUGUUCGAGCUGUUUGUGCAGGCUGGACCUCUCAUCAAAACUAAGAUACCCAAAGACCCGGAGGGGAAACAGAAAACCUUUGGCUUCGCCGUCUUCAAGCAUGAAGUGUCCGUGCCUUACGCCAUGCAGCUGAUCAACGGGCUGGCGGUGUUUGGGAAACCCAUCAGCGUCCAGUUCAGAUCAGGUAGCAGUCAUAGCAGUCCAGGGAACUCGCAGAGUUUGAAUCCUGCAAAUACCCCAAAUCCCCAUGGCCAGAGGCCCCCGACCCAGUUCAAUUCUCCACCGCAAAGCAGUACUUCGCGUCAAGUGCAGCGGUCCUUUUCAUCCCCCGAUAACCUUCAGAAGAAUGUUAUGCUGAACAACAUGAUGUGGCAGCUUCAGAUGCAGCAGGUCGAGCAGGUGAACGCCAUCUUUGGUAAACCUAUGCAGCGGCAGUCGUCUGCUAUUAGAAAUUCUCCUCGGGGCGGCUCAAGGCAACAGGACGCGGCGCCCUAUCGUCACCAUCCAUCCCAAACGAGCAGCGGUGGCAGAAACCAGGAUUAUGGAGACGAGCAAGUCUCUGGCCGUCAUCAGCAACACAGCCGGGAGAACUACCACCAGGGUGACAGAAGUGGUGGGCGUCACCAUGACAACAGAGGUGGAAACAGACAUUACGAUGAAAGGGGUAACAACCGUGGUUACAACGACAAUAGAUGGCGACGAUACUGAUUUAUCUUACAGUUUCAGUUCUUUACAUUUGAUGUGGACUCUUUUCUAAAAACAAAUCGGAAUUAUGUUGACAGAAUAAUUGUAUUCUCAGGUAGUUUGUACAUGAUAUUACCCAUUUGAAGAUUUAAUAACUCAUGUCUUUAUGCCUUUUUAAAGGUAUUUUUAAAUUUGAACUUUUUUCUUCUGUUGGAGUGAGUUUUUUUCUCACAUAUGUGUCAAACAUUUUGAGUGAUGCGACUGUUUUGUCAGAAGAGCAAGGACGAAAUUCAAAUUUUGGAUUACACGUUUAGCAAAAAAGACGAGCAUUUUUUUUAAAAAUACAUUCUAUCGGACAGUUUUUAUGCUUCGCAAACGGUAUCAAAGUGGUGCUGCCAGAAUUUUUUAAAAGUCUUCAGGUACUUUGCAAAAAGAAAAAAAAAAAAGAAGAAGAAGAAGAAUUCCAGCUACAGAUUUCACCAGCAACAGAACAACAGGGCACCAGCCUUUCUAAGUUUUACACGUUUUCACCUUGCUCUUUCUUAAAAUUGACUUUAUUUUGGAUUUUAUUUUUUAAAUACUGAUCUGUAAGAAUAUGUUUGUUUUAAAAUGGGCAUUUUCAUUGUUAUAAAACUCUUGUCGUGA